GGCGGUGGCGGGCGGUGAUGUCACGGCCGCGGGAUGAGUCACGGUGCCGUGAUGCGGCUCCCGGGCACGCAGGGCCCCCCCGCGCCCGCCCCGGGGACAGCGGCGACAGCGGCAGCGGCGGCGGGGACAGCGGCGGGCGGUGAGCGGCCCCGGCCCCCGGGAAGCCACGGAACCCGGUACCCCCCCAUCGUGUCCCCCCGAGACCCCCACAGCCCCACCGAGCCCCCGUCGUGUCCCGCAGCGUUCCUGACAUUGCCCCCCCACACACGGCGACAUCCCUGUCCUCCUUCACUGCCACCGCAAACAUCCCCCCCGGCACCCUCCCGCCUCCCGAGGACCCUCGGCACCCCUCCUGGGACCCCCCAACCGGCCCUUUGGGACCCCCCUCAUCGCAUCACCCCCGCGAGGACCCCCACCAUCUCCCGUCGGGACUUCUUCCAUCCUUCCCUCGGUUCUCCAUUCCCCCCGCCCGGUACCCGCAGUUCUCCCCCUCAGGACCCCCAUCACCUCCCCGGGGACUCCCCCACGCUUCGAGAAGAGACCCCAGACCCAUCCUGGGACUCCCCCCCGCCCCCAGUUCCGGUGCCCCCCCGGCUGUCCCGGUGUCCCCGCUGUCCCGGUGUCACUCCGCCCGCUCUCAGCCGGCUCCGUUCGCGGAGCGCCCACGCCUGGGAGGCUGAGGAGGGGUCCCCCCUCACCGCCCCCCUUCCCCCUCCGCAGGCCGCCCCCCUUUUCCGCCUCCUUCUGCCGGGGGGCCCCGGCGGAGCCCCCCGAGCCCGGCCGGGCGGGACGGCGGCUCUGGGCGCGCUGCUGCGCUGCUUCCCGUGCGAGCGGCUGUGCGGCGGCUGCGCGGUGCCCCCCGGGGCGCUGCCCCCGGCGAUGCCGCCCCCGGGCCCGACCCGCCGCCGCCUGCCGCCCGCCGCCCGCCUGCCGCCGCGCACCUUCCGCAGUUACCUGCCGCGCUCGCACCGCACCUACAGCUGCGUGCACUGCCGGGCGCACCUGGCCCGCCACGAGGAGCUCAUCUCCAAGUCCUUCCAGGGCAGCCACGGCCGUGCCUACCUGUUCAACUCCGUGGUGAACGUGGGCUGCGGGCCGGCCGAGCAGCGCCUGCUGCUGACGGGGCUGCACUCGGUGGCCGACAUCUUCUGCCAGAGCUGCAACACCACCCUGGGCUGGAAAUACGAGCAGGCAUUCGAGAGCAGCCAGAAGUACAAGGAGGGGAAGUUCAUCAUCGAGAUGUCGCAUAUGGUGAAGGAGAACGGCUGGGACUGAGGCGGGGCCGCGGCUGGGACUGGGGGGCACCGGGGGGGGGCGCUGGGUCACCCCCUCCUUGGCACCUUCGCUGUGCCCCCUGGCGGCCCCCGGGUGGCACCAGCCGCGGGGGUCGUGGGGCUUUUCUAGGGCAAUAAAGGCGCUUUUUUUUU